GGCAACAUAAACAGCCGCCUUUUUCAAAGGCAGGUUGGCGUUGGGGUGACGGUGACACUCCAAUCGCAACUACGCAAAAACCACAAAACUAGUACAAAUAAUUUAUGGAAUUGCUAAAAAUACGUAAACAAAAAUAAUAUGAUUACCAAACACAACAGCUUUCAUCAAAAAUUAUAAACUGCGAUGGUGGCCUUGGAAACAAAUGAAAAUAAUCUGUCAACUGCCAGAAGGCGAUCAAAAGUGGUUUUGUCAUAAUUUUUGAGUCCAUCUUGUUGGCGCUCUUGUGCAUUCAAAAAUUAUGUUCGUUUGCUGUGCGCAAUAAUCGUUUUGAAGAAAUUUUCGUGUUGCGUGGAGCUGUACUUGAGAAAAAACAUUAUUACCCUGAAUCAAAUUUUGUGUAAAAUGGGAAUCAUAACAGAAAAAAUCGAUGAGUUCCUGUUCCAGAUAGAGGAGGAAUUCAGUAAAGCGGGGACAUCGUUUAACGUUCUCUCCGAAUGGUAUAAGAGACUCAAACAUAUUUUUAUGAAAGCUAGAAACCAAAAAUACUACCAUGACCUCAUGGAAUGCGUAGUCAAAUACAUUGAGUUAGUUGUUGUCAAUUUUUCUUUACUUUCACACAAGAAACAAAUAACUCAUAGCAAGAACUUCUUCCAAAAAGUCGAGGCAUUGAUAGAGCAUGACCACAAAGCUGCGUUUCUCAAAAAUGUGUCAGAGAAGAUCUUUGAAAUUGUAACUGAGUUUGAUGGUUACCAAGGCUGGGCAGUCAUUAAAGAGCUCUUGAAAAUGUAUUAUAAUGUCAUAAAGGAUACUUCCAUUGAGCUAAGGAGCGACGCUGUGGAUCAACUAGCAAAGAUGUGGAUGUAUAAAUUAACAGAUAGCAUCAGUAUACACAGCGACUAUGAUAUGCAGGUUUUAAUAAUUGAAGUUAUAAUUUUAUUAUAUGGAAAAGGUAAUCUGAACAGGCAAAUUGGUGAUUUGAUACCAGAGUCUCAAGAACUGAGUGAACAUUUCAUUGGAAUAGACCCAGACAAUUUUGAUAGAGAUGUCAGGGUCUUCCUAAACAGACUAAACCAAAAUCCAACAUCGAGUGUAUUCUCUAUUGUGUGUGACAGUGUUCAACUAGGUGAUGACUAUGUUUGUAUAACACCUUUCAAUAGCAUGCAAGGAUUGUGGGUAGACUUCAAUAUGAACAAUUGUGUAAUAUCCUGGUAUUGUGGUGUUGGCACCUUUGAUGUUAUAGAAGAGGACAACAGCAGAGCUAUAGAACUGAUCAGCAUUUUGGGCGAAAAUAUUAGCAGAUUUCACAUUUCUGUCUCUCCUAAUGAUCUAAUAACAAUAAAGUUUGAAUUACAACAUCCCCCUCUGAAUCUACAAGAAAAAUAUAAACUUAUGGUGAAAAAUUGCAACAAAUGCUCUUUUACGCUGAAAAAUUCUGAUGGUGCUCAGAAACUUUUGACACAAGUUUUACCAAAAGUGUUAAAAUAUACUGGCCGGUCCAGCACAGAUGCUGACAUUGUAGAGGGCAAACUAUCGUCUGCUGGAGAUGAGACUUUAAAUAUAUCAAUUCCUGAUACUGACAUUUUGGAUAGGUCAAUCCUUUUCUGGGACAGAACAAUAAACACUUCCUCCUGCACCUUUGAAGCUAUUUCGGUGUCUUCCGGGUCACAUCAUUCAAAAAAAUCCCGUCCAGGUGACGAAAAUUUAGCCAACGCUGGCCGUCAAUCAAAACGAGCGGCUUCUGGGAGAAAGUCGCCCUCGAAUGUCAACUUUAAGAAGUCGAGACAGGCUCAAGCGUUGACAGUGAUUUUUGAAGAACCAACUACACAGCCUGGAGUCAGGCCUAACAGUCAAGAAGCUGACGAAGUCGCGCUAGUUCAGAAUGGAAGUGAGGCUUUUUAUACUGCAGCUGAAGAAAUUCCCGCGACAUUGGAGUUUGAUUCUGUGCAUAUUAUUGACGAUGAUGUCAUUUCACAGACACAGGAAGAGCAGAAAGAAAACCAAUAUCCGAUGAAACCAUCAGGGCAUGGACAUAAAUUAGGAAUACCAUUAAAAGAGCUCAACUUUUACUCAGAAGCAAACGUCAGCGGCACCGAGUCUGAGGAAGACAUCAAAGUCUCAGCAUCAGAUCUAUUUUCCCGCACUGAGCAAUGUACGAAACCUGGUGCUCCUGUAGUACCCGAUGUGAAGCUAACUUCAAAGGAGGAAAGAGCGCCUAGGGUAUCGGAAUCGGUAGAGGUGCCGAUCCUGGAUGAAUGUACCAGAAUUCAAACGUCUGAGUCCAUCGAGGAAUGCGCUUUGGAUGGGCGAAGACGCGAUAUGAUCGUCAAUUUAAUAACCAGCGAGUCUGAAGGAAGCACUGUUCCACAGAAGAAUAAAAAGAAAUCAAAAAAAAUUAAUUCCACUAAAUCCGCCGCUCCAGAACUAUCAUCUGAUGAUGAAAAUUUUGUGACGCAGUAUAAAGAACCUAAUAGAAUACUAGGCAAGGUUCCAGGUACUGUUGAUACCGUCAAAAAACCAAGACAGAGAAAACCUAGCAAGACUAAAAUCGAAAAUAUCAAUCGAGAUAGUGAGAUCAUUAGAUUGAAUUAUUCUGCUUCAAUAGAAGGUACACGUAAUACUGUCGACAGGAUUGCUAGUGAUACGGAAGGUCCCUCAGUUAUACCUAACAGACAUUCGAAGAUGCUUUUACCCCUAGAAUCAUCUGGUGAUGACAGUAUAAUAGCAUUAAGUUCUAGUGCCCAGCCAGAAAAACAAAACCAAAGGCUACACCGAGUGAUUUCAUGUGGCGCUGAAACUGUAAUUGCUGAAAAAUCUUUGGAAUUGGGAUCCAGUACCAAAAACGAGUGCAGUUUCAACAAAGAAGUCGGAGAAGGAACUCCAAAGACUUCGCAAGAGGUUGGAAUGCUCAUAGAAGAUGUCCCUAGUCAACUAGUAAUUUCUAGUGAUGCCCAAAAAGUAGUGGAGGCAAAAUCUAAUACAACCCCACAAGUUGCUAAUAUCAGUCUUGAAAAAAGAAAGGAAAAACAAAGAAUUUCACUAGAAAAGGAUACAAGUGGCGUUGAUGCAUUCUCAGGUGAUGAAAUACCAAAACCGCUUACAAAAUUAUCGUCGUCUCGUGCUGAUAGUAUCAUUGCUGGGAGAUCCAGUCUUCCUCUUCAAAAAAGAAAGAAACAGAGAUCUAAGAAGAAGCGAGUACCUGCUGAAACUGUAAUUGCUGAAAAAUCUUUGAAAUCGGGAUCCAUUGCCAAAAACGAGAGCAGUUUCAACAAAGAAGUCGGAGGAGGAACUCCAAGGACUUCGAAAGAGUUUGGAAUUGUCAUGGAAGAUGUCCCUAGUCAACUAGUAAUUUCUGGUGAUGCCCAAAAAGUACUGGAGGCAAAAUCAAGACAGAGAAAACCUAGCAAGACUAAAAUCAAAAAUAUUGAUCGAGGUAGAGAUAUCAUUAGAUUGAAUUCUUCUGCCUCAAUACGUCAUACUGUGGACAGGAUUGCUAGUGAUACGGAAGAUCCCUCAGUUAUACCUAAUAGACAUUCGAAGAUGCUUUUACCCCUAGAGUCAUCUGGUGAUAACGGUAUAAUAGCAUUAAGUUCUACUGCCCACUCAGAAAAACAAAACCAAAGGCUACACCGAGUGAUUUCAUGUGACGCUGAAACUGUAAUUGCUGAAAAAUAUUUGGAAUCGGGACGCAUUUCGAAAAACGAGGGCAGUUUCAACAACGAAGCUGGAAAAGGGACUCCAGGGAUUUCGACAGAGGUUGAAACGGUCAUGGAAGAUGUCCCUAGUCAACUAGUAAUUUCUCGUGAUGCCCAAAAAGUAGUGGGGGCAAAAUGUAAUACAACCCCCCAAGUUGCUAAUAUCAGUCUUGAAAAAAGCAAGGAAAAACAAGGACCUUUACUACAAAAGGAUACAAGUGACGUUAAUGCAUUCUCAGAUGAUGAAAUGCCAAAACCACUUACAAAAUCGUCGUCUCGUGAUGAUACUAUCAUUGCUGGGAUGUCUAGUCUUCCUCUUCAAAAAAGAAAGAAACGGAGAUCUAAGAAGAAGCGAGUACCUGCUAAAAAAAACAAACUCACAAACAGGAAGAUGUCUUCUAGCAGUGACAGUACGAUUUUUGCUAGAAGGAAGAAGACUUUACGCAAACUCGACUCGUCACAAAAAUCAGAAGCUUUAGAUAUAGAGAUGGGUUCAAAAACCAGACGCCUGAAACCUCAACAAGACUAUAUUUUUGAAGAAUUAGCAAAGUUACAUGGAACGUCGCAACAAAAUGAAGCGUCGCAAAGGUCUACUCACAGGACAUUUUUACAAGACAGUGUUGUUGAAGAACUAGGUAAUAACAAUGCAGAAAUCCAGCAAUUUGAACAUGAAACAGAUUUCGCUGAAUCAUCUGUAAAAUCGAAAACAUUGGUGGAUGAACUGCCUGAACUAUCCCAAGAUUUGGAAGAAGUGCCCUCUAAAGAGGUUAAAAGAUCGCAUUGCGAUAAAGAAGGUGAUAAACUAGCAACUGACUUAGACGAACCAAUAUGUGCUAAAAUACAAGAUGAGAAACAUGAAUUUGCGGUUGAAUAUUCGUUAGAAAAAAGUGGUAUCAGAAAGGGAAGAAAAAGAGAAGAGUGCCAAAGUACUCAACAAAUCAAACAUGCUAAAAAACAUACCAGUGAUGCAAAAUCACAUGCAGGAAGUAAGAUUGUAAUACUGUCGAAUGUCACUUUAGUUAAAGGCAGGAGUAGUUAUCAACAGGAAUCGAUUUUGGGAAAAAGUGUCCAUGUCGAGACUGGUGUGGAUAAUGAAGACAUUAUAUUAGGUACGCCGUUAAAAAGUUCUUCUAAGAUGGAAACUCGAAGUAAAUCUAAAAUCUACAAGACUUUAAAGACGAUAGAAUCUGUAAAAUAUGUUGAAUCCGCAAAACCAGCUUGUGAAGAUGUCGACGUUAACCAUGAAGGUGUUGCGGGUAUCAGAGAUGAUGCAGAAACAGGUACAUCUGACAAUCACCACCAUGAAAGUUUGAAUGUUACAAUAACAACAGAGAGCGCUGUUCGGAAAAACAUGCCUAAAGACCAAAUAUUUGGGCAAGAUAUUGAUAAAAGUGAACUAAAUGCUAGUAGCCAUACUGCAACUGAAAAACAGAUUGUUGAUAUUCAAGCAGAUAAAAACGAGGAUUCCGAACAAAUUGAUGCAGGUACUGAGAAUAAAGAAAUAUGUGGUACUCAAAAAGUAACAGCAAAGCACAAUGUUAAGGGUAUUAAAAGGAGCCAUGUCAGGCUGCAGCAUUCGAAUGUUGAUGACAUAUUAGAAGUCUUUACUGAUGAAGUAAACUAUCAUCAGGAAUCAAAUAUAGAUGUUGAGCACAAUUCUGCAACCCAGAAGAGCCACAUAAGUGCUAAAGGAAAAAGCGUUCAAAGCAUGGCAAAUAUAAACGCGCAUAAACAUGCAAACCAGAGUGAAAUCUUGUCGACACAUCGUGCUGAAGAGGCUAAUGAGGAAAAUGCGUCUAAAAUUAGAAAGAACACUGAAGGUGCUGAACCCAUGGAUGCUAAUAAAACUCGAGAAAACAGUACUACAGUAAAACGCAUUGAACGGGACUUUGAUUGCAGAAGCGAAUAUACCAACACUAGCAGCACUAUUUCCAGAAAAAGAACUAGGAAACUUCUCGAUGAGUCGAUAACCUGGCAUAAUGUGCCUCAGCUGAACGAGAACCUUGAACGUACAAGAAUCACUGAAAGAUCCGUUGAGAAAAAAAUCGACGUCCCUAAACCUGCAGCUUCCUCUUUUAAGGAAAAAAACUGGAAAAAUCUUACUGUGAAUAUACAUCGUCAACCUCAAGAAGACGAAUCUCCCUUUAUAUCCGCAAGGAAUUUGUUUCAAGAUAGUAAACGCAAGAAUAACGAGUUACAAAUGCGUUCGGCGAAAAAAGUUAGAUUCGAGAAUAAUAUGCAGAGUGAUAAGAGCAGGUCUGUUCCGAGAUUAGGACAUUCAAGAGAAUCAGCUUGUUUUCGCGUCUUUGGCGAAUUGCUGGAGAGUGAGCGGCAUAAGUUAUUUUCGGAUAAAUCCGAAAAUGAGUCGAAAAGGACUAGAAAUCGUACGUACCGUAAAAAAGAACGAGCCCCACCUAAAAACACGCCUCGUCGACCCAGGAAGAAACUGGAUACAGUUAUGAGGGCAGAGAAAGUAUAUAGCCCAUCUGGUGUUUCGUCAAAACGACGUAAGACGCAAGAAAUCGAUAAUGGCAACAUAACUCCAGUCGAAUUUGAUGUGGCGUCCUCUGAAAUUGCACCUGUUAGAAGUUUGCUGGACGAAGAAGACAAUGCCUUUGUUCAUGAUCAUACGCAUAAGGAGAUUGAUGGCUACAUUUCAGAGAUUAUCGAGGCUCCAGAAUGGGUAGCCGAUGCCAUUCAAGGUGGAGAAAGGAAGCAACUUAGAUCAAGCGAUUUUCAAGGGAAAUAUUUGCUGAUGUUUUUCUAUCCUUCUGAUUUUGGCUAUACAGUGGCAGCCCCAGAAGAGCUCGAGGAGCUUUCAGCGCAUAUCGAAACUUUCAAAUCAUUGAAUGUGGAGGUGGUAGGGUGCUGCACCACUGACGAGAAUGUUCACAUGGAAUUUCUGGCCAGGAAGCCAAACAUCGUCGUUCCUCUGAUUGCCGACUGCAAAAUGAAAGUGUCUAUGGCUUUCAGAAUGUAUGUGACCGAGUGGGGACAUAAUUUCAGGGCUGCAAUAUUCAUAGAUCCCAAAGGUAAGAUCCAAUGGCGGUUCAUUCUACAUAAUGACGACUGCACUGUACCAGUGGAUAUACUGCUUGGUUUGGUUAAAAAACACGUUUUAAUGCACCCUUUAAAUAUAUAAAGCUUUGUUUUUGUGUAAUUAAUUUAGUUUUGUAUUUAAUUGGUAUUCAAAUAUAUUAAUGUUAUUGUUGUUUGCAUACAAGUUUUAAAGUUUGUUAUGUAAGUCAAUUUAUUUGAGAUGUUCAAAGUUAUAAUGUAUUCCUUAGUAUGUAAGUGUUACAUUAUUGUUCAAUAGAUUGAUGAAUGAAUAAUUUA